AUGAUCAUGGAAAAAGGAGAAAAAAAGCUUGAAAACAGGCCUCCCCCUUCACCAACUAACUCUAAGACAAAACGAGAAACCAUCCAAAUUAUAUAUGAGAAUUGUUCCAAAGGAAUUGGCUUGCAAAUAAUUGGUGGGUUUUGCCGCAAUGGUGAAGGCAAUUAUGGAAUUUUUGUGAAAAAGUUACUUCCUAAUGGUAUUGCAAAAACCCAAGGUCAAUUAAAAGUUGGGGAUCAGUUGCUAAAAGUAAAUGGUAAUAGUCUGGAAAAAGCUACAAAUGAACGAGCUAUUGAAAUUUUAAGGCGUGCAUCAGAAUCUAAUCGAAUGGAACUUACUGUAACUAGAGAUGAAAAAGCAAGUCUUGAAUUUGUUGAAGUCUUUGAGUCAAGUUCAAAUAAUUCUUUUAAUAACAAUGCCUACACAAAUGUAUCCAGGAAUUCAGUUCCUUCCUCUCCAGACUCUAUUGGGAAAUAUCCUCAGACAAUAACUGCGAGAGCAAAUUCAUCUUCACCUUCUCCAAAACCAUCCACCCCAACUGGAAAUUCCAUGGGAUCUCCAUUUCCACCUGUAGAUUCUCCAAGGCCUUCACCACCUCAACAAUUUGUUUCAAUGGGAACUGUAGUUCCACCACCUUCUCCAAAAAGGUAUUCAAAACCAUCAUCUCCCCUAACUACAGAUGUUAGACCAUCUUUCCCACUCCCAUCAAAUACUCGAGCAACUUCCCCACUUGCUGCUGACACUCGGGCAACAUCUCAAUCCACAACAGAUGCUCAAAGAAUGUUGCCCGUUGUUGAGGAAGUUACACGCCCAGUACCAUGUCUUAAAUCUCCCGAUACAGCACGUGCAACAUCCUCUUAUGACACUCCUGCAGGGACAACAACUUCAAUGUCAGCAAAUCAUUCUGUCAAAUUUAGUAUAGAUAUUCAGACACCAUCUUCAUCUACACAGCAAGUGGCUCCAGCAACAGAAGAUACAUCACCAAUCUUACCAAAAUCGCCUACUAUGCAGCAGCAAGAGUUACCUGACGUUACAUCAGUAGGAACCAUAUCACCACAGUCAACUACACCUCAAGUAAAGGCUUCCACUACUCCUCCUUUCACGGUUAUAGAAGCCCUAACGACAAGGGAGGUUACUCCUCCAUUUUCGGUUACUAACCAAGAAGUUAUUUCACCACAAAUAACCUCAACAGUAAAGACGCCACAAAAAUCUCCAGACAAUAUUGGUAACGGUUUGUUAGAUUCCAGUUGGAAUUCAGAUUAUGAUUUUCCUGAUAAUUACAACCAAGUCCACAAAUAUGAUAAACCAUUUACUUAUGGUAUAAAAUCACCCAAUGAGAUUUCCCUUCCACGUUCAAGGGUUCCUGUGUGUGUAGAUUAUCAGAUGUAUCCACAACCUUUGCCCAAAUAUGAAGGGUGGCCUGGAGGCAGUUUUGUACCUGAAGAAUCACAAGAGGAGGUUGAAGAAUUUCAAGAGAAAGAAACAAAACCUGAGAAUUCACAAGAAAACUCAACAACACAAAUACUUUCUACUGAUUCAAAUGAUCAUGUAUAUGCACAAGAGGGUGAAAACCACUGUUCCUUCAAUAUGUCAGAAGCAUCUCGGGUGAAGAUGAAAGAAAUGACAGACGUUUGGCAAUGUCUUGGAUUUCAACCAACACCUCAAGAACUGGCACAAAUUAGAGCAUGUGUAACUGUUGAUGAAAAUGGAAUGGUCUCUUAUGAUGAGGUGAUAAGAGUGGCCCAUGAAGUUUGUCAAGUUUAUCCAAAUGAAACUGAAGAAAUUAUAACACAAACAGUAGACAGAGAAAUAGAGAUGAGUCCACAGCAGAAACAUGAAAUGAGUGUUUUGCCAGAUUCUACAACAUUAACUGUUGAUGAAGCUUCUCAACUACGCAUGGAAAGGGAUGUUCUCCAAAUUGAAGUUGAGAAACUAAGAGCAAAAAUCCGGGAGAAAGAAGACAGUUGCAAUACAGCUGAAGAAGAAUUACUGAGAAUCCGAAGGGAAGCACAAGGUGCUAUUCAUGAAAGUCGGUCAUUGAGAAGCAAAGUACAUUUGGCAGAGGAGGCACAAAAGGCUGCACGAAAUCUGGAACAAGGUUAUGGAGAAGCAAUACGAAUCCUGGAGAAAGAAAUCGUGCAGCUGAAGGCGCAACUGAAUCGUCAGCCUCUUUUCUCUUGUUCCCAUUUACUCCUACUUUUGUCACUUUCUUGUUGGUUUCUCUCUUGCUCCACCCUCUAUUUUCUUGCUGUCACCCUUACUCCACACUCUUUUGCCUCUCUGUCUCCCUUCUUCUACCCUCUUUUUUGUCUCUCUUUCUCCUCUCCCUCAAUGCCACUUCUGUCUCUCAAUCCUCUCUCUUUGCUGCCUUACUUCUACCACAAACCCAUUUCUCCUUGCUACCUCUCCCUCGACCCACAUCUCCUCUCGCUGCCUCUCCCUCGACCCACAUCUCCUCUCGCUGCCUCUCCCUCGACCCACAUCUCCUCUCGCUGCCUCUCCCUCGACCCACAUCUCCUCUCGCUGCCUCUCCCUCGACCCACAUCUCCUCUCGCUGCCUCUCCCUCGACCCACAUCUCCUCUCCUUGCCUCUCCCUCGACCCACAUCUCCUCUCCUUGCCUCUCCCUCGACCCACAUCUCCUUCUGCUACUUAUCCCUUGACCCCACCUUCCAGCUCUCCUCACUGCCUCUCUCUUGACCCAUGA